CAACUUGGCCAGUCUGCCAUCUACCUCAGUGCUGUGUGGCCGCGUCACCACGCCUUCACUUCUUCCUCCCGAAGAUGACCACAGGCGAUGCCCUCACCUGAAGAGACUGAGAGAGAGGGAAGGAGAGAGAGAGUGGGGGCGUGAGCAGCGGUGUUUUUGACAGAUGCAAUAAGAAGACAAGGAGGCGGUGUGGUGAAGGUGACGUGUGGGGGAGAAUCACACCCAGGAUCAGAAACUUUGUUCAGAAAUAUAAACAGAAGUUCAUUUUUAGUUUUAAAGUAUAAGUGAAGUAACUCCCACGUGGUAACAGCAUCGUAAAGGGGGGUGUUUGAACCUAAGAUAUGAUCAAAUGUCAACCUAAGAAGUGGCUUUGAUCCUUCUUCAAAACAUAUUUUUAUUGUUUUAACGUUUGUGUCUUGGCCAGAGCCUCGUGUUUGCAUCUCUUGGCUGAGAGAUCCUCCUACGUCAACACUCUUAUGCAACUUCCACUCUUCACUUUUUGUCAGACAGGGAUAACUUACAAUAAUUCUUGAGCUAAUGGAGAGUUACCUGAUAGCACAGACGAGCAGGUGAGGGGGACGGACACACUGUAUACCCACACCACCAUCAACAUUUACUACGAAGAUAAGCUGUAAACAUAUCUGUCAUGUAUGUGAACUAACGUUUCGUGAUGCGUUGUUGUUUAUAAGAUAAAGGCGAGAUAUUGUACCAUCAAAUAUCUGAGAGAAGAAAGGGAAGUGUAGGACCUCUUCAUUAGUGUGUCGGAGGUGAUACAGUGAAACAUUGAAACUGAUGCAGUGAAAUAGUAUACCAGUGAAACAAUGACACUCAAAAACCUGUUUAUCAUUACUUGAGGCGAUGGAUGGAACCCAUAGAUAAGUCAGCCAUCUUGCGCUCGACACAGCAAUUGAAUCGCGGCACUGCGAACUGAUUUUUAGAGCUAUAAGUUAAAGAUCGUAAUGAACAUCUAAGAGAGGUUCCUGCUUCCUGUGGACUCCUUUAAGAGAUUCAGAGAAGUGUCUGAAGGAGGAAGAGGAAGACAAGGAGAAGAAGGUGUUGGUUUAAAUGUGGAGGGUGUGAACUUCUUGCUGUGCCCAUCAACCAACAAUGUACAUGGACACAAGAGCCAACCUCGACUACUGGUCUACGGACAACUGCUGUGUGCGGUGGUCCCUCAAGACGGGCGCAUGUACCAUUGGCACUGUUUCGCUGAUAUGGCAGGCGUUGAUGGUGGCGGCUGGGGUGAUGAUGCUGGUGGAGUGCCCCGUCACCACUAACCUCUACCAGUCGAAUGACACUCUCGCCCUCGAGGCCGGUAGUGUUGUCGAGAAUGCCAGCGUACUCGUGGAUAGUGUCAGUAAUGUCAGCGUGCCUGAGUAUAGUGCCAGUAAUGUCAGCGUGCCUGAGUAUAGUGUCAGUAAUGUCAGCGUGCCUGAGUAUAGUGCCAGUAAUGUCAGCGUGCCUGAGUAUAGUGCCAGUAAUGUCAGCGUGCCUGAGUAUAGUGCCAGUAAUGUCAGCGUGCCUGAGUAUAGUGCCAGUAAUGUCAAUGUGCCUGAGUAUAGUGUCAGUAUUGUCAGCGUGUCUGAGCAUAGUGCCAGUAAUGUCAGCGUGCCUGAGUAUAGUGCCAGUAAUGUCAGCGUGCCUGAGUAUAGUGCCAGUAAAGUCAACGUGCCUGAGUAUAGUGCCAGUAAGGUCAGCGUUCCUGAGUAUAAUGUCAAUAAUGUCAGCGUGCCUGAGGACAGUGCCAGCAUCAUGCCUGUCACUGAGGACAUUGGUAACAACAGCAGCAACAGUGGUACCGAUGUCAACUUCAGCUGCCCGUGGCUGCCUGGGCCGGAGACGGAGGUGUUGGGGAUAAACGACAAGGAGAAAUUGUUGAUGGUGGCCGGUGUGUUCAUCUCCUACUGCAGCGUUUACUGUAUCCUCUCCCUCUGCGUUGUGCUUGGCGCCAUCAAGGACUCUGUGCCGCUGCUGAAGGGGUGGGUCGCCUUCACGGGUGUGCACAACAUUGUCAUCCUGGCUUUCCUACUGGUGCCACUGCCCUUCACCACACUCCCGCACCUUCUCUUCUCCAUCACACACUUUAUCAUCUCCCUCUACACCUGGGCAGUCGUCAAGUCAUUUAUGCAUACAUUGAAAGUGGAGGCAAACAAGCCAUUGUUAGCUGAGGGCGCCAUCACAGACUACACGGUGGAUGGGGUGGAUGUGACAGAGAUUCCUGUGGAAGUCUGAAAAAGAAAACUCAAGGAUGAAAUAAAUGGAUAAACUAUUUGUAUAUAUAUAUAUUAAGUAUUCCUGUGAAAACAUAUUAAAGAAAAGAGCUCGAGGAUAAAAGAUGAAGGGAUCUGUCAUUAUGUCAAUCAGCUUUGUUUACAUUGUUCUGGCUUUGUAAUAAGACUCAGCUCAACAAAACUUUCGCGUGCAGUGUUGGAGUCCAAGUUUAUUCAAUUAAAUUCGACGAUAGGGCUUUGAAUUCACAAUUAGAAGUCCUAAACAACAUUGAUAUUACUAAAAUGACAUGAUUUAAUGAGAAUCAUUGGCUUAUAUAACUACUCUUGAAAUGUCGAGGCAGCUCUAUUUCUAAUGUUAUUUUUGCAGGAUGGAACGAGCUGAAAAAUACUAGAAUCCGUGUUGUUUAUCGUUAUAUGUGUUACCAAUAUUAACCUUUGUACAGACACCAAACACCCGGACAACAGUACACUGCACAGUAAGUUUUGAUGUAAUUAUCCAUCAGAACUCAGAGACGAGUCAUAAAAAAGAAGUGCUCAGUUGAUGCAGAGAAGUAAUAUGUUAUUUUUUUUUAUUGUGCAGUGUCUUUUAAGUUUACAGGACUACUUCCUACUUCCUGUACGAGUUAUGGGGAGCGUGUGGCAAGGAUAGGUUGGCUUGUGGUGUGUACCCACACAAACCGGGAACUACUCCUCGCUGCCCUAAACCAAAAUUAUAAAACCAUGAUGACGUUAUUCGCUAUACUCUCACUUGCUCAUUGAAGUGUAUACGUGUAUUUAUGUACUGAAUAAAACAAUUGUUAAGA